CACUAUAAAUGAGGCAGGACCGGCCAGCGCAAAGCCCAGUCCCGGCCAGACGCCCGCAGCGCUGCCUUGCACUUGCUCGCAGAGGAGGAGGUGGAGGAGGAAGGGGCUCAGCCUCACCCAGCGGCUUCGGCCUGGGAGGAGUUAAACCUGCGGAGGGGGUCGACCCUGGGGAGAUCUGUUAAGAGCCCUGCAGCUGCCUUCGAGGAAAAUACUAAGUGCUGCCUCUCUGUCCAGAUUCUCAUCAAGUAGAGAGAAACCAUGAGUGCUGCCAUGUCUUGGAUCCUUCCUUUGGGAUUAGUGCUUCUCCUAAGUGAAACCCAGGGGUUUUUCUUACCCAAUGCCACUCAUCUGGAGAAGCUUCUGAGCAAAUAUCAGAAUGAUCAGCCUCAUUCCAGAGUCAGGAGAGCAAUCUCCCGGUCAGACAAAGAAGAGAUACUGAUGCUCCACAACAAGCUGAGAGGCCAGGUCUACCCGCCGGCCUCAAAUAUGGAAUACAUGACCUGGGAUGAUGAGUUGGAGAAGUCGGCAGAAGCCUGGGCCCAUGAAUGCAUCUGGGAACACGGACCCACUACUCUACUGAUGUCCAUUGGACAGAAUCUAGCAGUUCACUGGGGCAGGUACCGUUCUCCUGCCUUCCAUGUCCAGUCUUGGUACGAUGAAGUUAAAGAUUAUACCUACCCAUACCCCCAUGAGUGUAAUCCCUGGUGUCCAGAGAGAUGCUCUGGGCCCAUGUGCACUCAUUAUACCCAGAUAGUUUGGGCCACUACCAACAAGGUUGGCUGUGCCGUGAACACCUGCAGGAGGAUGAAUGUGUGGGGAGAAGUGUGGGAGAAUGCUGUCUACCUCGUCUGCAAUUAUUCUCCAAAGGGGAACUGGAUUGGAGAAGCUCCUUACAAAAACGGCCGUCCUUGCUCAGCCUGCCCACCCAGCUACGGAGGCAGCUGCAAGAACAACCUGUGUUAUCGAGAUGAGACCUAUGGUCAAAACCCUGAAACAGACGAGACGAAUGAAGUCGAGGUGGCUCAGAUUCCCGAGGAAAAACAUGUGUGGAUCCAAGAGAAGGUAACCAAACCCACGAAGCCCAGGAAAACCACUGUGGACAAUUACAUGGCACAAGUCAUUAAGUGUGAAACCAAAAUGAGGGACAAAUGCAAAGGUUCAACUUGCAACAGGUACCAGUGUCCAGCAGGCUGCCUGAACAACAAGGCAAAGAUCUUUGGAACUCUUUUUUAUGAAAGUUCAUCCAGCAUUUGCCGGGCAGCAAUUCAUUACGGGGUCAUAGACGACAAAGGAGGUCUGGUAGAUAUCACCCGAAGGGGCAGAGUCCCCUUUUUUGUGAAGUCCGAAAGGAAUGGAAUUGAAUCUUCAAGUAAAUACAAGUCUUCCAACUCCUUCAUGGUUUCCAAAGUUACAAUGCAGACUCUGGAUUGUUACAGUACGGUGGCAGAACUGUGUCAGUUUGAAAAGCCAGGAACCCAUUGCCCAAGAAUUUACUGUCCAGCUCACUGCAAAAAUGAACCAUCCUAUUGGGCUCCAGUGUACGGCACCAACAUUUAUGCAGAUAAUUCUAGUGUCUGCAAGACAGCAGUACACGCUGGAGUCAUUAAAGAUGAAACCGGAGGGUACGUCGACGUGAUGCCCGUAGAUAAGAAGAAGAUUUAUGUCGGUUCAAUGAGGAAUGGAAUUCAGUCUGAAAGCUUGAGGACUCCUCGUGAUGGGAAGGCUUUCCGAAUCUUCGCUGUGAAGCAGUAGACUGCCAGGGCUGGCAGAGUGCGCUUCUUCAGGAGACUGAUUUUCUUAAAACUCUUUUUGUUUUUGUUUUUGCAAAUUGGAGAGGCAGGAAACUUAUCAAAUGGCAUUGGCUAUUGCAUCCAGUCUGAGCAAACCCGCCCCAUCUCCUUCAGGGAGAACCACCUAGGUUUUAGCAGCUGCCCACAUCUCCUCUCCACCAGUUCAGCAUCUCUGUUUCUCCCCGGGACACCUGGCAUUCAGAGGGAAGGUGCCUAACCCAAGGCAUCAUCACAUCGGGACGUGGGCGCCCCUUGGUGACACCCUGGGACUGGUGCCAAUGCUCAGGUGGCCCAUUAUUAGGAGGCAACCUCAAAUCUCUGGCAAGCCAACCACCCCCGAUAUGGAAGUCAGGAACCUCAGAAACAGAGGAAUUUUUUCACAGAUGCGUGUGUGUUGGGGGAUGAGGGUGGGAAAUGGGGAUAGGGCAGAGGGAUGGUUUUGUAGAAUAUAGUUUGGGAUUAAGUGGUUUAUUGUUUAGUUCAGGCCAGCUUAGCUGGUGAGUUCAGGUUGACAUGGUAGGUUAUAUUGUGGGUGAGAGGGUUUGAGUCAGGCAGGAUGAAGAAUGCGGUGUGUAGAAUCAUAAACACAGGAUCCCUACCAAUGGAGAAAUGUGGGAUUAAUUGUUUGCUGGUCAAACAAUCUGUAGGGAAUAAGAGGCCUGAGUUACCUGUGGGAAAAUGAAGGAAUAAGGUUCCUGUCCUGGCACAUCUCCAUGGUUCAGCACACAACCGGUUGUUGUUUUUAACAACCAAAUGCAGUUUAUUCUAUACAGCAGUGCUGGUUUUAUCUAGAGUUAAGCAAUGAUCCAAAAGAUUGAUGUUAUUUUGUCAUUCAUUUCAAUCAUGUGAAGUAUGUUCAUUUUUCUCUUAUGUCUUUUUGUUGAGGGUUGGGGCUGAUGGACUUCUUUAGAGUUCAAACUUCAUUUGCCAGACCCUGAUUUCCAACAUCUGUGCAUCUGUGAGUGGUAUCCAAGGUUGACCUUUUUUAAGAUGUAUGGGAUUUGAAAUGGAUUUUUUUAUAAUCCUCAGUAUCUUAGGCUCUACUUGGAUCUUUAAGAUCUUCAUAAACAUGAUUUUUUUUUGGUGGGUUGGAUUUAAUUACAAUCAGGCAAGAAACACUUGAGAUCUAUCUAAAUGCCCUUUUAGAGGAUAUGCACAUUUUGUUAAUUGUAGCUGGAAUGAAUCUCCUUACUCCAAGUCUAGUAACCCUUUCUCUCUGGUGAGCAGUAUUAAAAGAGGAGCAGUCACAGAUGACUGCUCACAAAGCCAUCCUUGGGUUUAAUAGCUGAGUUAUAGAAGGUAACCCAUGUGAAUUAAUUCCUCCCUGGCUAGAUCUGGCUUCAAGAAACAGCAUUUGCCAAAGUUUCAAGGCUCAGUAGAACCCUGGGUAACAUUAGUUUCUGUAUCAUGUUUGGAGGUCUGAUCCCUAUUGGAGAACCUUACUGAAGUUCCGUUCUGUGAGGUGAAUGAGAUUUAUCUGAGAGGGUGAAAUCCCAUGAAAUCUAAAGCAAAUCACUUUUGCAGAAGUUUGUGUCUCAAAUUAGAGACUUUGUUUUCCAUGGAAUGAAUUCUUAGGACUUAGCAGCAAGUUAAAACCUAAGAUGGUUUGUACAUUCUCAAGAAGUUUUGCCCAGGAAAACUGUUUGGGAGACAAGGCCAAAUAUUUUAUUGCAUAUGACAUUUACUGAAUGUGACAUUUGAAGGUAUGUAGCAAGAAAACAGUUAAAGUUUUAUUUUUGCUAAACAGAUGUUAAACAGCUGCAAGGUUUUUGGGUUUUUUUGCUUUCUAAAGUGACCACUUGGAAUAACUCAUAGUGCAAGGUAAAUCAGGUGACUUGAUUUUAAAUCUUGGUGAUAAUAGGAGAAUCAUAAAGAGGAAUCUCAGAAGUUCAUCUGAUCAAGAAGCCUCCUGCAAAAAUCAGGAAUGGAAAAAACUCAGAGUUGUGCUCCAUUUGAUGUGUACAUUUAAUUUUCAAAUAAAAUGUCCCUGCCCUCAUUUCUAAUAGUGGAGAGACCCCUUAAUUCCCAUAUUAUCUGUCUCAUUUUUCCUUUCAUUCAUCAUCAAUGUAUCUUUGAAACAGGAGCAGAAGAGAGAAAAAAAAACUUAGACUCCAUGUUGUAAUUAAAACAUAACCUAGAACUAGUCUGAAUCUUGGCCCGGGCUUAGAGGUUCGACUCCUUGAGGAACUGUAAUUUGAGGUCACACAUCCAAAAAGCCCUAUUAAAUGCUUAUUUGUUGCCAGAAUUGUGAUUGGGUAUAAAUUUAGUUAUGGCCUUGUUAAGCAAGUAUCGUUGGAGGACUAGCUAUGGGCCAAAACUUCUGGUCUUCCCAUGAAGGUGACUGGGAAUUCAACACCUAUAAAUGGAAUUCAAUGACCAAGGCAGUGGGAAUGUAAUGCUUUUUUUAAUCAGUGAGAAGACUUAUCCAGCUGUGUUCAAUAGUCAUCGCUUCAUGGAAAAAUCCAUGCCACCUAGUUUGAAAGGCAAAUCAGUAUCAUAUAAUGAGAUUGUUUAGAGAGGAGCCAGAGUGGUGGAGUUGGGGUGGGAAUGCUAGGCCUGGUGGUUAGGCCCUUAUCCCUCCCUUUCCAUCACUUCUUAGAUCUGAAGUUUCAACCAGUAGGAGAAUUUCUAUGGGCAGAAUCUAUCAGGGAAGGAUGGAGGGAGUUUGUCAUUGGAAGCGACCAAAAUAAUCAACCAACCUUUGCUGGGUGUCCCUGGGUGAAGGGCAUGUAAAUACUAUGAAAUGAAGUGGCCCUGUCUAAUGAGAAGGCUCUAUAAUAUGACUGUUUUCAUUUGAGCAUGUCUAAAGAGGAAAGAUGUGGGGGGCUCUGGGUGAUUGUGGCUGGUCCUUUUCAGAAGAUCUAACUGGGGUCCACUGACCUCUUAUGGCUCAUGACUGAAGUUCUUGAAAUUCUGCUGGAUUUCUCAUUGCUGCUUAAUUUAAAGCAUUCUUUUUUAUUUCCUACCAUGGAGAAAUUAAAACAGGAGAGGGUGAGCAUUUAAAAUGGAGAUAGUCUUUUUUUUUUCCCUGUGUACAUCAUAAGGAGUGGAGUGGACCACAGAUAGAGGCACUGAAGGAGAUUCCAGUUCUGGGAUCACUGGCUCCACUAGAAUGUAAAACGAUGUCACAGAAUUACAGUGAAGUUCUCAGAGUCAAGCCUUUUAAUUCUCCCAAAUGGACUUGAAAUUUUCAAUCAGGUCAUUAAGAAGUUGGAAGCUUAUUGGUCAGGAUCUAUUCCUCAUUGUGGGUGCUACACAGUGCCUAGCGCAUUACUGGAAUUUCAAGUGUAAAUUAAUAAGGUCAAUAACAUUGGGAUGGAGUUGUUUCACCUCUCUUCUCUCCUAAAAUAUGUGGUUUAGAUUUUUCUUGGAUUGUUGACUUCGUUCUAAAAUCUGAAUUUAUUUUUAAUAGUAUUUUCUGUAGGCUAUCUCAGCCUGCAGUUUAUGUAUGUGCUUUUUUCUGUGAAAAAUGAUGUAUUUUACUAUUUCCUAUGUACAAAAUUUUAUUGUAAAUUGUUUUGCUUUGCAUGAUCUUCCAGGGGCCAUAUUUUGUUUUUGAAACUGUCAGUUUUCUAAAAUAUUUCUGUAAAAUACCUUUGUGAUUUUGAUUCAUUUGUGAAAUAAAAUUCAAAAUAACCCAA